AAUACCGAACACACCAAGUUCCGUUAUCUUCGUAGACAUUCAAUUAUCGUUCACUUUAUUAUAAGUUAACAUUCUGUGCUUACAACCAAUAUUCAUCAAGUUUUAGAGACAUUCAUUCAUUCAUACAGUGAAGUCGAAGUGUAGAGUGUAUAAUUGUUAGUAAUAAAAAAAAGGAUAUUACAUUUUCAUCAAUUGGCCCAGUUCUUGAGAUGACGGUUUAGCUCGCUUUAAUAAUUCUACCUCGGCACGUACCACAACGAACAUCUGGUUUACUCAGCAAGCGGCGGCGUGUUUUACAUAGCAUUUUUACCGACAGAUUCUUUGAUUCUGUAUAAUCAAGAUCGUGUAGCCAAGAACAAUCUUCAGUCUUGCAGCACUACAAAUCUUACAAAAUUCUUGAAUAAUUAAUACUUCGGGACGACCCUGUAAACAUUGAAAAGUGGCGGACGCAAAGUGUAACCCAAACGGCAUAACUUCGAACUACAACAAACCUUUACCGGGGACGAUAAAUGCGGUAACUUCUUUACUCACCUCCUCGAGUGGUAUAAGCCAGUAGCCAUUUUUCAAAUUAAUUGAUGAUAUAUAGGGUAUGUUCCGAAAUAUAAACCAGUAUGCUGGCCAGUGCAAGUGACGUCAUGAAUCGACGCCAUAUUGUACUGGUGUGCCGCCAUAUUGGACUGUUUGCCGCCUUAAUUCAUUCUAUACGUUAACCGUUGUAAAAACAACAAUCCUACCCAUUUCAUGUGACUCAAGAAGAGUAUUUAAGAGCAUAUGCAGAGCCAGGUUACGGGUCACAGCUGCUUCAUCAGUACAUGAAAAAAGGCUACGAAAUCGCGGAUGUAAACGUCCAGGAGAGGCCAAUCGAUGCGUCAUGUGCAUCAGUGGAAGAAAGCAUCUCUCAAGAAAAUAUUGCUCCAAAUUCUAUGAAUUGCUACGAAAUCGCGGAUGUAAACGUCCAGGAGAGGCCAAUCGAUGCGUCAUGUGCAUCAGUGGAAGAAAGCAUCUCUCAAGAAAAUAUUGCUUCAAAUUCUAUGAAUUGCUACGAAAUCGCAGAUGUGAACGUCCAGGAGUGGCCAAUCGAUGCGUCAUGUGCACCAGUGGAAGAAAGCAUCUCUCAAGAAAAUAUUGCUCCAAAUUCUAUGAAUUCAACUCCUCAUAACUGGACCGAUGAUGGAACUUUCCUGUGGAUAGAUUGCUUCGCAAAAGAAGGAGUUCAUUUAUUAUCACAAAAAAAAGAUAAAUCAGACGCGCUUAAACGUGCUACGACAAAAUUUAAUACGAUUUUACUUGAAAAAAAAGGCAAACAGAUACCGCAUCAGAAAUGUGUGUCAAAAAUGGACUUAUUAAAACGUCUUUAUAAAGAAAAAUUAGAUUUAAAAAAUAAAUCUAGAGGAGCUGCAGACAAGUGGAUUUUUUUUGAUGUAAUGCAUGAACUUUUCCACAAAGAACGUUGGGUAAAGCCAUUAUCAGUGGCAGGAAAUGGCAUUCCAGAUAAUAUGAUUGAAGUAGCUAAUCCACGACCAAGACGUGAGAAGCCGUUGGAUCAUUUUCUUGAAGAAAUGAUGGUAGAACGGCGAUUAAAGAAAGAAACUGAUCUCUUGUAUCGUCGUGAGAAAAUGUCUCGUUUAGAUAGACUCAAUGAUAGCAUUGAAUCAAUGGCAGGCAGUAUUGCGGUCAUUGCUGCUGCUAAAAAAGCUAAGAUUGAUAUAAAUAAUUCAGCUUAAGUUGCUGUGAUAGUUAAUUUCUAAGUUUCGUUCAGCAUUGUUGGAGUGCCUUAUUAACUAUUGAUCUCCGUCCAAACUAACCAUCACGUUAUUUGUUCAGUUGUUGGAUCGUUUUUGUUGCUGAUAGUCAUUGUGGCCAUCAGCCAAGGAUACCACGAAAGAUGUUGCAAUAUGCCGUGCAAUCAUAGUGGUGAGAAGCAUUGCCAGUAACAAUGGAAUUUUUAUGCAUUUAAAGAGCUGAAGAUAUUAAAAAAAUUAUAAUUUUUGACGAAACUUUCAAAAGAACUUCAUUAAGCAUAACAGCCAAUUGGUUCAUAAUUCUUAAUCCGUAUCAAACUAUGACGAUUUUAUUAAUUUUUA